AUGCUCGUCAAGUCAUCCCAGCUGGUCUUUCUCGGACUCUUUGUUGCACUCCUCGGGCCGAAACAAAGCUUAGCCUUACCCCCUCUUCGCAUACCGAGCGCAAAGGGCGCACAGGAGAUGCCUCCUAUCCAUCCACUCAACAUCUCUCCACCAGGCAAGCGUCCCGCGCAAGAGAAAUUCGACGACUCGUCGCUCCUGGAGCAGCUUGCGACACUGCCCCCAAUCAAGACGAGAGUCGAGAAGUCCAGUCCCGACACACUGACACCCACGACCAAGAAGGCUGCGGAUGCGCUGUAUAAAGGAUACAAAUCGGCCGUAGCUCGUGCAAGAAGGUCACUAUACCCACUCAACAAAUUCGCAGUCAAGCCUGAACGCAUGAACAGCUUUCACAAGUGGCUCGCGAACUCUAGUUCUAUGGAACCGUUGGGCGAUGGGGUCGCUGUGACCAAUCGUGCCGGACAUGCGAGCACGUCUGCGACUCGCGUGGAACAUGGGACGGGAGCGCCAGUGCUUCGUCAAGAGCAUGGCAAGGUGAUCCGGCUUGCUGGAAAGAAGAACGUCCCUACUCCUGGUGGAGUCAGUGUGAAUGUGAGAGGAUGGCAUCGAGGUAGAAACCCUGCGGGUGUACCCGACCUGCUUUGA